GUUUACUCCGAGACUGAUCAGGGCGCCCGACGUUGGCCCGACGCUGACUCGAAGCGCUCAUCUAUAUAGCCUCUACCCCACUUGGGUCCGGGACGCAAGCUCGUCUGCUAUUCUCUGGUGGCUGUAUUCCUCUCGUAGGCCGGCGAUGGAAAGUCAGGGCUAUCUGGCCAGCCUCUGGCAGUCGACCUGGGAUACGUCUCAAUUCUAUCUAGGACAAGCCCCGAGUUCCGCCAGGCCGUUCACUCCGUCGAGUGUGUCGCAGCUAGCGGGUGCAACUACUGUCUUCACAGAUAGUCUUGUAUUCCCUGGGUAUGCGGCAACAGCUUCGCUGCUCGUGUUGUUCGCACAGCUCGUCGCGCGUUCGGAACCAGCGAAGACGUUAUACAAGAAACUUGCGACCUCGGACGCGGACUCGGUGGAUGGGACAGAGGAAGAGGACACAGCCGAUGUCGCGACGGAGCCGCAGCAUUCAUCUGUCGUUACACGAUACACAGCUCAGUAUGGUGGUCCGGUCAUCUUCGCCUAUCGUGUUCUCCGCCUCCUGUGCACACUUGGCCUCCUUGCCUUGUCCAUCUUCACUGCAGUCGUCAGUGCUCACGAAGGCUCUGCACCUCUUGGCUCUCUCACCCUGCCGCACGUUGCACUUUGUCUGGCCUAUGCAUAUGCGUCAAUUCUCGGUGUGAUCUCUGUCAUAGUGAACGCGAACGCCGCUAAACUCGCGACGCACCACCUGGCUCUGGUGCUUGCGUUCACUUGGGCUAUCUUCGUCUACCGCGACGUCUGGCCGCUUGCCACCUUCACUCUUCAGCCAGUAGAUCGCGCAGAAGGCGGGCUGCUGUGGGCGAAGUUUGCUCUCCUCACGGUUGCCGGUGUGGCGGUGCCCUUGCUUGUUCCUCGCCAGUACACACCCGCUGACCCCAAGGACCCAUGGAAGCCGAUUCCAGAGCAGACGUCGUCACUGCUCUCGAUGAUGCUGUUCCUCUGGAUGGAUCCGACUGUCAUCGAGGCGUACAAGGUCCCACACCUACCACUCGACAGGCUCCCGCCGCUCGCCGACUACGACAGCGCGAAGCACCUCGUCAAGCGCAGCUUCAAGCGCCUCGACCCGUUCCAAGUGAAGAACCAGCGGCACCUGUUCUUCGGGCUGAUGUCCGUGUUCCGCACGGAGUACAUAGUGCUCGCGAUCACGUUGUCCAUCCAGGUUAUCACGGCCUUCGCGAGUCCGCUCGGGAUCAGGAAUCUCUUGCGCUACCUCGAGGCGGACGGCGAGGGCGCGGUCGUACGGCCGUGGGUGUGGAUUUCGUGGCUGUUCAUUGGGCCGAUGGUUGGCUCGGUCGCGCUGCAGUGUUACAUCUUCACGACUACCCGCAUGCUCGUGCGCACGACGAGCAUCAUCACGCAGCUUCUCUUCGAGCACUCCCUGCGCAUCCGCAUGAAGGCUGAGGUGCCCGACUCGCCUGCGAGCAGCACUGUCACCACGGCCGUCGGGACGCCAGACAACGCGUCCAUCGCGGAGACUGAGGGUGUGCCCUCGCAGAGCCCCACUGAAGGCGAGAACCACAGUCCGGCGGGCAGCGAAGACGAGACGGUACGCGCUAGCACCAUCAGCGUCACUUCGACUUCAACUACUGCCAAGGGCAAGAGAAAGUCCAAGGCACUCUCCCAGGCGGGGGAAGGUAAGACGGAGGGGCCGAAGAAGAGCGAAGAGGCGAAGGGCGGAAAUCUUGUUGGCAAGAUAAACAACCUGGUCACAACGGAUCUGGACAAUCUUAUCAAUGGACGCGACUUCUUGUUCAUCGUGAUCGAAAUCCCAUUACAGCUUUCCCUCUGCAUAUGGUUCUUGUAUUCCAUUCUCGGCUGGAGCGCAUUCGCCGGUAUGGCGACGAUGGUGCUACUGUUCCCGCUCCCCGGCUACGUCGCCGGCAAGAUUCAGACCGUCCAGGUGGAGAAAAUGAAGACAACGGAUCAUCGCGUACAGAGCGUCACGGAGUCAAUGAACGUAAUUCGCAUGAUCAAGCUAUUCGGAUGGGAGCCUCGUGUCGUACAACAGCUCUCAGACAAGCGCGAGCACGAGCUGUUCUACCAAUGGAGGUAUAGGAUGCUAGGGCUCAUCAACGCAAAUCUCAACUAUAUCAUUCCAUUGAUAACGAUGAUAGUCACGUUCAUAACAUAUUCUCUGGUCAUGAAGAGGGAGCUGACAGCGUCGACGGUGUUCUCAACCAUGUCAGUCUUUGAUAUGCUCAGGCAGACUCUGCAAGGCGUUUUUGCCCUCGUCCCUGCCAUCAUCCGAGCGAAGGUGUCUCUCGACCGUGUGGAUGAGUUCCUCAAAAAGACCGAGCUGCUCGAUGAAUUCUCUGCGGACUCUCAUGAAGCCGAAGCCCUGAUCCCCAAGACACUCGUCACUCAUGACAUCAUCGGUGUUCGCAACGCUGCGUUCACUUGGACGAACGAGAGCCACGGAUUGUCAACGCCAGCGUCGCCGGGUACACCUGGCCGGUCGCGGAGGAACUUCGUGCUUCGUAUCGAUGACGAAGUACAGUUGAAGCGCGGACACGUCAACCUCAUCGUUGGACCUACGGGAUCGGGAAAGACCUCGUUCUUGAUGGCUCUGCUCGGUGAGAUGCACUACAUCCCAUCGGGGCCUGACUCGUACUACCACCUGCCUCGCACUGGUGGCGUUGCGUAUGCAGCGCAAGAGUCGUGGGUGCAGAAUGAAACCAUCAAGGAUAACAUCUUGUUUGGUGCCCCGUAUGAUGAGGAGCGGUACAACAAAGUCAUUGAUCAAUGUGGCCUGUCACGUGAUCUCACUCUCUUUGAGGCCGGAGAUCAGACUGAAGUUGGCGAGAAGGGGUUGACUCUGAGUGGUGGCCAGAAGGCUCGUAUCACGCUCGCUCGUGCUGUAUACUCAUCCGCGGAGAUUCUUCUCCUUGACGACGUGUUGGCCGCUCUUGACGUCCAUACUGCUAAGUGGAUAGUGGACAAAUGUUUCAAAGGAGACCUCAUUCGUGGCCGGACUGUGCUAUUGGUGACACACAAUGUGGCGAUGGCCAGUCCAAUUGCCGAUUUCGUUGUGUCCCUCGGUACGGACGGCCGGGUCGCCGGUCAGGGAACCCUGUCAAAGGUGUUGGCAAAAGAUAAGGAACUAUCCAAGGAACUCGACGAGGAGACCAAGGGUAUCGAGAAAGCCGAGCACACCGUCGACGAUCAGCAACCGAACGACGAGCCAGAGAAGUCGGACGGCAAGUUAAUUAUGUCCGAGGAAGUCUCCGUCGGGCAUGUCAGCUGGCCAGCGUUGAAGAUGUUCUUCUCCAGUCUCGGAGGCGCGCACCAGUUCACUUUCUGGCUGCUAUGCAUAGGUACUCUCGUGUUGUCCCAGCUAUUCGACACACUUGAGACGUGGUUCCUUGGCCAAUGGGCUCGUCAGUACGAGGAGCAUGAUCCUUCUGAGGUCAACGUGCCCUUCUACUUAGCUGGGUAUGGCAUCCUGCUGCUGUGCUCGGCGACCACCUACUGUAUCGGUUACAUGGUUUACGUUUACGGUGCUUUGAGGGCUUCACGCUCUAUACAUGUAUCGCUCGUCCAAUCUGUCCUUGGAACCACUCUCAGGUGGCUGGAUAUGACGCCGACAUCUCGUAUCAUCACUCGGUGUACACAAGAUAUAGCAGCAGUCGAUGGACCUAUCACUGACUACUUCCGGUCGGUCGUGGAAUUGACUGCGGCGAUGGCGUGCAAGCUCGCCGCCGUCGUUGUCAUGUCCCCGAUUUUCCUCUUCCCUGGUGCAUUUGUAGCGAUCGCUGGCGGGUGGCUUGGACAGGUCUACAUGAAGGCGCAGCUGUCGGUGAAGCGUGAAAUGAGUAACGCACGAUCUCCCGUUCUGGGGCACUUCGGUGCUGCUAUUGCCGGACUGACUUCGAUUCGGGCAUAUGGGGCGCAGGAUGCGUUCAGGACAGAGUCGUACGCGCGUAGCGAUCGAUGGACCAUUGCUGCUCGUACCUUUUACAACCUAAACCGGUGGAUUUGCAUCCGUAUAGAUGCUUUGGGGGCCCUGUUUUCUACCGGUCUUGCUGCUUACCUUGUGUACGGAGGCACAUUUAAUGCAUCCAACACCGGGUUUUCUCUCAACAUGGCAGUUGGUUUCAGCGGCAUGAUUCUGUGGUGGGUCCGUAUCUUCAACGAGUUCGAGGUGUCAGGUGACAGCUUGGAGCGUAUCGAGCAAUACGUCCACAUUGAGCGAGAGCCAAAGCCGACGGUUGAUGGUAUUCCCCCCGCAUACUGGCCUGCAAGUGGUGAUUUGAAAGUGACCAAGUUGUCUGCUCGUUACUCUCCGGAUGGUCCUCGUGUCCUGCACGAGCUGUGUUUCGAAGUCAAGUCAGGCGAGCGUGUUGGAAUCGUGGGUCGGACGGGUAGCGGCAAGAGUUCGCUGACACUUUCGCUGCUGCGAUGUAUCCUCACGGAAGGCAAAGUAUACUAUGAUGGGCUGGCUACCGACGAGAUCAAUCUCGACGCCUUGCGUUCAAAUAUUACGAUCAUACCUCAAGUGCCUGAGCUACUCAGUGGUACACUUCGCCAAAAUCUCGAUCCAUUCGAACAACAUGAUGAUGCUGUGCUAAACGACGCACUGCGCGCCGCCGGGCUCUUCAACUUGCAAAGUGAGAUGGACGAAGGACGAAUCACCCUUGACAGUCAAAUCUCGAGUGGCGGGGGCAACCUAUCAGUCGGUCAACGACAAAUCCUUGCGUUGGCGAGAGCCAUUGUUCGCCAAAGCAAGCUGUUGAUCCUCGAUGAAGCAACGUCUGCGAUUGAUUAUGCAACGGAUACCGUGAUUCAAGAAUCUCUACGAAGAGAACUGGAUAAGGGUGUCACGCUGCUCACGAUUGCUCAUCGUUUACAGACGAUCAUGGACGCAGACAAGAUUAUGGUUUUGGAUGCUGGCCGUAUUGUCGAAUUUGGCAGUCCUAGCGAGCUGCUCAAGGAACCAAAAGGCAUGCUCAAAGCGCUGGUAGACGAAAGCGGAGACAAAGACACGCUUUAUGCCAUGGCAAACAAGGCUGCAUCCACUUCAUGA